AUGUCUUUCCAGGACCCCAAGAAGACGUCGGCCCAUGACCAGCCCAAGAUCCACAAGAUCCGCAUCACGCUCACCUCCCGCAAGGUGCAGUCGCUCGAGAAGGUCUGCAGCGAGCUCAUCGAGCGUGCCAAGAGCAAGGAGCUGCGCGUCAAGGGCCCAGUCCGUCUUCCCACCAAGAACCUCAAGAUCUCUACCCGUAAGACUCCUUGCGGUGAGGGCUCCAAGACCUGGGACAUGUACGAGAUGAGGUAAGGACAUACAGAGAACGGAUAACAUGUGAAGGAAGCGGCUGAUGUGUUCUGUGCAGAAUCCACAAGCGCCUGAUCGACCUGAACGCACCAACCGAGGUCGUCAAGCAGAUCAUCAUCAACAUCGAGGCUGGUGUCGAGGUUGAGGUUACCAUCGCUGCAUAA